AUGACGCGAGUCUCAGUCUACACAACGGCCCUGGCGGCUUUUGUAGCUGCGACUGUUAUGAUCGUGGUUCCGAUAUGGCUGCCAAACUGGUUGACCUACUCCGUUACUUCGGUUACUGGCGAAACUAUCGAGAAGCACAUCGGUCUACACAAGAGCUGUUCGACGUUGGAUGACCCGUACUGUCGAGACUUUCCUCCCAAGGAUCUAUGUGAAGGGGGAGAGCGAUACUUCUGUUCUAUGUGGAGGACUGUCGGUUUCUUGGCUUCUCUCACAACUCUGUUGUGUUUGGGUGGCCUGGUGACUUUUGUUGUCAUUAUGAGUGGAGGCAAAUACAAGCGUGAGACAGGAUGGCCUUUUGCCGCCGCAUUCUUGACGCUUGUAGCUGUGGUCGAGUUUGUAUCCAUUUCUAUUGUGCAGCUAAUCGGACAGGCCUAUCUUUAUGAUCACGAUGACCAGUUUACUAUCCCGGGUUGGCAUCUGGAUACCUCUUUUUACCUCAGCACCGUCGGUGCCGUCAUUAGUCUUCUGACUGCUGCUGGUAUUGCUUUCUCAGCAUACCUGCUACCUCCUGAGGAAGGUUACGAUUUCCUCUCGGACCCGCUUGAUGCUUAG